GUCAUCAAGAGGUUGCAGCAAGAAAGGUUCAGGCAAGAGGUAUCGCCCAAGAGGCCAGGGCGCUCAAAGUCCAGGCCAGCACCGCUAUCCAAGUACAGGAGAAAGACAGCUAACGCUCGGGAACGUCACCGCAUGAGAGACAUAAACAAUGCAUUCGAUUCGCUGCGAAAAGUUCUCCCAGAGGCUAUGGAAGUACACGCGAGCCCGUCAUCCAUGACCAAGAUCACGACCCUCCGUCUGGCCGUCAGCUACAUCAGGGCGCUGACGGAGGUGCUGGAGGAUGACACGGAUAACGACCUUUUGGCCCUCCAGAACAGCCUGCAGAAUUCUCUCCAGCAGACCCUGAACAAGACGUUAAACAACUCCUUCCAGAACGAAUCCGCUUCGGAAAGCAUGGCGUCAAGCACCUGCGAACCUGUAGCAUCACACUUUUCACACCAGUACAUAGCUCAGAUUCCUCAGGCGAGCUCCUUUUCAUCUUGCAACACCUCUUCGGCAUCCUACUCCCCCUCCACGGCCCGAGGGUCACUCAGCAGCGCUAGCGACCUCGAGGAAUUACUCUCCGAUGACUCUGGUCUACUUGAGGACAACCUUGAUGUCUUUCAUGACAUUCCGAUGUUGUCCGAAGCGGUUCCAAUAGACAUUCUCCUUGUGCCAGAGAAGAGCAGCCUCCCCUUCUCAACGCAGCUGUGUAGUUAAUGGUUACAUGAGUUUCUUCGUGGUGUAUUUGUGUAGAUAAUGUUAAGUCUUACAUCCAUCCCAUAUUUGUGUAAGAAAGUGAAUAACUUUACAUUCAUUAGGAUGUCUAGUUAAGGUUCUUAAUAGCAUGGUACUGAUUACAGGUUGUUUAUCUCAUGACCUUACAACAAAAUGUGUCACAUACGUAAGACAUUGUUAUAAAGAUAUAUAUAUAUAUUUUGAUAGAUCUAGAGAACACAGAGACUGUGACUAGUCAAAAUAAGAGAGAGAGAAAAAGAAAAAAACGUAUAUCCAGAAAUAUAAUUUAUCCUUUUAUAGACAUAAGGAUAUGCUUAUACUUGAUUAAGAAGUAAAGUUGUGGGAAAAGAUAAGUUACUGUAACUAAAAAGGAAUUAUCGAUGCUAGUCUAUUUUUAAGUGCCAUACUUCCUAAGCUUGAAAAGUGUAUCUAAUAUACUUAGUUAGAAAUGUCUGGAUAUAUAUCACCAUUGAAGAAAACCCAUGGACGUAUCACGUGUACAAACUUUCACAUGUCCAUUUUACAAUACAAUAUAUAGAUAAAAUUGCCUUUGUCCCUUUUUUGAAUAAAAUGAUUUUGUGAAA